UAAACGUCCUUGACCUCUCGGGAGGUGUGUUGCUUUUGACAAUUUUCGUUGGGUGAAAAUUAGGUCGACGUUUCGAUUGGUUAGUUUUGUCCAACCUCGCUGGAAAAUAUCAACAAACAGUCUGGAACUGUUGUAUAGGAAAACAGCAUCAAAUCAGAAGAAAGGAAAGUGUGAGCUAGAAUGUGGAGGACACAAUCUCAGCCAUUGUGCAAGCAGAUACUGAAGCAAAAUGGCUGUUUGUUUACCCGGAGAGCGAUGUCUUCAGGAUUAACUGGUGUUCUGGCUAUUAGGAGAGAGACUAUAAAUGUAUGGGAGAGAAGAGCACCACUGGCACCUAAACAUGUUAGAAAGCUGGUGAAAGAUGGUAUUAAAGUAAUAGUUCAACCAUCCAACAGGAGGGCUUAUAAUAUGCAGGAGUAUGCAAAGGUUGGAGCUACAAUACAAGAAGAUAUGUCUGAGGCAUCACUUGUAAUGGGUGUCAAGUCUGUUCCUAUAGAUCUACUCUUACCUGACAAAACAUAUGCUUUCUUCUCUCAUACAAUAAAAGCUCAGGAGGCUAAUAUGCCCUUGCUAGAUGCUAUCAUGGAAAGGAACAUAAGAUUAAUAGAUUAUGAACGCAUGGUAGAUGAGAAAGGACAGAGAACCGUUGCCUUUGGAGUGUAUGCAGGAGUAGCUGGAAUGAUAAACAUACUCCAUGGGUUGGGAUUGAGACUUUUGGCCUUAGGGCAUCACACACCUUUUAUGUAUAUUGGACCCAGUCAUAAUUACAGAAACACAGAACAAGCAAGACAGGCAAUUCGUGAUGCUGGAUAUGAGAUUGCUUUAGAAAGAAUGCCAAAAUCUCUUGGACCUUUAGUGUUUGUCUUCACAGGGUCUGGUAAUGUUUCUCAGGGUGCACAACAAGUAUUCCAAGAAUUUCCACAUGAAUAUAUUGAACCAGAACAUCUACCCAAAGUUGCCAAACAUGGUGCCACCAAUAAGUUGUACAUAUGUGUUGUAAGCAGAGAAGAUCAUUAUAUUCACAAAGAUGGUGGAAAAUUUGAUCCUGAAGAAUUUGAACAGCAUCCAUCCAGAUAUGGUUCAACAUUUGCCUCAAAGAUAGCACCAUAUGCCUCAGUUAUCAUAAAUGGAAUUUACUGGGCUCCAACAGCACCAAGGUUGAUAACUAUUCCAGAGGCGAAAAGUCUUCUUACAUCACAGUCGUUUCCAUGGAUUCCGUCCAGCUCUGGUUGUCCACAGUUACCUCAUCGUCUCAUUGCCCUCUGUGAUAUUUCUGCUGACCCUGGUGGCUCUAUUGAAUUUAUGAAUGAAUGUACCACUAUUGAUAAACCAUUUUGUUUGUAUGAUGCUGAUCAAAAUAAAGAAACAGACAGCUUUGCAGGGAAGGGUGUGUUGAUUUGUUCAAUAGACAAUAUGCCAGCUCAGAUACCAAAAGAAGCCACAGAUUUCUUUGGUCAUUUAUUGUUCCCUAAAGUUAAGGAAAUGUUAAAAUCGGAUGCAAUAAAACCAUAUGAAGACUUUGAUACAACUCCAGAAAUUAAAAAUGCAGUUAUUGCAUCUAAUGGAGUUUUAACACCAAAUCAUCAAUACAUUCAAGAGUUAAGGAACAAAUUCACAUCUUCUCACAAGUCAAAGAAGACUUCACCAGAACAAAAGAAGAUUCUAAUAUUGGGAUCAGGAUAUGUAUCAAGUACAGUCAUAGAAUAUCUGAACAGAAAUAAAGAUUUUAUUGUUACUGUUGCAUCCAAAUUUAAAGCUGAAUUGGAUAAUUUAUCAAAACAGUACCCACAGAAUGAAAUGUUGUUAUUGGAUGUGUCAAGAAAGCAUGAAGAAUUCGAACAUCUUGUUCAAGAACAUGACAUUGUAAUAAGUUUGUUGCCAGGGCCACUACAUCCUGAAGUAGCCAAGCUUUGUAUCAAGCACAAAAGAAAUAUGGUCACUGCUAGUUAUGUGUCACCAGAAAUGCAGCAUCUACACCAAGAUGCUGUUGAUGCAGGAAUUACGAUUUUGAAUGAAAUUGGUGUUGAUCCUGGAAUUGAUCACAUGUUAGCUAUGGAAUGUUUUGAUGAUGUCAAGUCCAGUGGAGGAAAGAUCACUUCUUACAUUUCUUGGUGUGGAGGAUUACCUGCCCCUGAACAUUCAGACUCACCUUUGAUGUACAAAUUCAGUUGGUUCCCAAUAGGUGUGUUGAAGAAUUGCUUAGCAGGAGCAACAUAUCUAAAAGAUGGCAAGAAAAUUGAGAUUCCUAGCGGUGGGUUAUUGGAUGCACCAGAAGACUUGACAUUUUUGCCUGGAUUUAACUUGGAAGGUAUCCCUAACAGAGAUUCCACUAAAUAUACUUCACUGUACGGUAUUGAGUCAGCUAAAACUAUGUUGAGAGGAACUAUAAGAUACAAGGGAUUCUGUGACGUAAUUCAAGGUCUGGUUGAUCUUAACCUACUUAGUUCAGAUGAAAAUUCUGCUCUUCAUCCUAAAGGACCUGACAUGACAUGGAAAUCUUACGUUUGUGAUGUGAUGGGUAAAUCACCAGAUACAUUUUACGAUUCGGUAAAAGACAUGGUCUUUGAAAGAGUUGGACAUUCAGAAAAAAAGUUGCAAACAAUAAUUGAUCUUGGCUUAUUGGAUGAUCAAGUGAUUGAUAAGAAAGGAACACCCAUAGACACUUUAUGUCAUUAUCUGGCUAAAAAAUUAGCAUAUGAACCCAACGAGAGAGACAUGAUAUUGAUGCAUCAUAACAUUGGUGUGGAGUGGCCCGAUGGCACAACACAGAGGAGAACAGUUGGACUGACAGUGUAUGGGGAUUACCAUGGUUACUCAGCCAUGGCAAAGACAGUUGGGUAUCCUACAGCUAUUGGUACAGAGAUGAUAUUAAACGGUGAAAUUCAGAGGAAAGGUGUACAGCUGCCUAUGUCUAAAGAUGUUUAUAAGCCAAUCUUAGAAAGACUAAAAGCAGAGGGAAUCAAAGCAACUGAAAAGAUUCACACAUUGUAAAAGUUUGGUAGAUCUCAAAAGUGAAAAGAUUCACACAUUGUAAAGUUUUGGUAGAUCUCAAAACUGAAAAGAUUCACACAUUGUAAAAUUUUGGAAGAUCUCACAACUGAAAAGAUUCACACAUUGUAAAGUUUUGGUAGAUCUCAAAAUUGGAAAGAUUAACACAUUGUAAAGUGUUUGUAGAUCUCAAAACUGAAAAGAUUCACACAUUGUAAAAUUUUGGUAGACCUCACAACUGAAAAGAUUCACACAGUGUAAAGUUCUGGUAGAACUCAAAACUGAAAAUAUUCAGACAUUGCAGAAUUUUGGUGGAUCUCAAAACUGAAAAGAUUCACACUUUGUAAAUUUAAGUAGAUCUCACAACUGAAAAGAUUCACACAUUGUAAAGUUUUGGUAGAUCUCAAUGAAGAUAUGAACUGAAUCAAAUAAUGUGUAAUGUUAUCAGUGAACAUUGAAAUGAAUGAAUCAUAUUAUGUGCAGUGUUAUCAGUUAUCAUUAAGAGUGAGAGUGAUUAAAGAGUAGCUAGAAGAUGUAUAUAAUUGUGGAAUAAAUUAAAUUUUGACAUUUUCACAGUAUGAAAUAGUCCAUACAAAUUUAAUGUUUUGUUUGUUGAGUGUGUGUGUGAAACUGUUUAAAUCAGAAAUUUUAAUUUCUGGAGACACAUUUAUAUAGCUGCAUUCAAAUUGAACUUAAUGAACACCAAUUAAAAAAAAUAUUCAUCGAUACCAAAACGCAUAACCAUCAAUGAGAUACAGUUGCUAAAAAAAAAUACAUUUUAAUAGAUAUUUCUUAUUUUGACAUGAUUUCUUAAAGAUAUGAAAAUGAUAAAACUGUUAAUAAGAUAUUUCUAAAUAGUUAGCUAUGCAGUAGGAAAUUUAUGAAGUGGAAUUAUCUUGUAGCAUUCCCAAUGUUGUGUUUUUGUUUGAUUACUUUAUAAAAUAUGUAUUUAAGUAAUUUAAGCUGAUUAAAAGAAAUAAACAUUUGAUAGAACAUUUAUCUAUAAAAUCAUGAAACCAAUAUAUGUUUUUAAAGCACAAAACUGAGAUGUUAUAUUACUGUUACAACUUUCUACUUAAUGUUUACCAUUGGUCUUUCCUGUGAAAUGCAAGAUUUUUUUCAAUACUAGCAAAGUAGAUGAAUUAUGAAAUUUUAUACAUGUUUUGCAUGAAAAUAAUUGUGUAACCAAAGAUUGGAAAUGUUUGAAUUUUAAUUUUGAAAAAGGGCUUUUUAAAUGACUAACCUGUUAUGAAUCUUUUUUUAAUUUUAUUAUCCUAAUAUUUUACAUAUAAUCAAGAAUUAGUUAAAAUUAAAAUAAAUAUAUCUGUGAUAUGGGUGUGUUUUUUUAAGUUUUGUCUUUUAUGGCUAUGAACUUAUAUGCAGGGUAAUAUGACUUAAAUUAUUUUCUCUCUAGUGUUUUACUUUUUCUUCUCUAUAAACAUAUCAAAUUACCGUAUAUGUAUGAUCAUAUCAAUAAUUGAAAUAUUAGAAACAAUGAAAUUUUACUUUAUAUUAUUUGGGCCUAGUAGUAAUUUUGAGCAUAACAUUUCUUAUAUUUAAAAGACAUGAUAUUGUUAAUUAUUAAUAGUUUGUGUGCAUAAGUCUUUACAUGACAACUUUACUGAAACAGAUCUUUAUGAAAUAUUUACAUGAUGACAAAACUCCUGUUCGACUCUGAAAUUUUUCAGAGGAUUAAUCUCUAGUUCUAGAACCUUAAAAAAUCAGACGGUCAUGUCUUUUGAUGAUCUCAUUUAUUAGUAAGUUUCGUUCUGUUUAUUGGAAUAUUUUUGAAUUCUUUUAGUUUGAGAACUUUUUAUCAGUUCUAAUAGAUUGAUAUGAAAUUAAAUGACAAAAAUUUGACAGUUUUUAGCAUGUCUAUUGGUUGACAUCUCAGAUUUGAGCAUCUUCGCUAGCCAAGCGAAGAUGAGAGCGGGAGUGGAUCGUAACCCUUGGCUAGCGAAGAUGAGGUUUGAGUUAUUGAAUCUCUAAAGAUUUUACAUAUUUUUUAACAUCUACCUAAUCUUCUUUUUUGUUUACAUGCGCUUUUUAAAAAUUAUCUCUAUAGCCUUAUUCUGGCUUUGUCAAUAUAUUAGACAUUGUAAUGUGUGUUUUACAUAAAGUCUAGUUUUUUCUUCUUUAAUUUAUUGAUUGAUUUUUUUUGCAGUCAUACAAUCAAAAAAUGCUACCUCCUUUACAAAAUUCAAAAUAUUUUCAACAGAUUUGUUGUUUUGGAUUGGUGCUUUAUAGAUCAAAAUAGUGGGAACAGGUGUAUUUUGCAAGUAUCUAUUGACCUCAAAAAUCUUUUUAGCCAAAAAAGAAUUAUUUUAGACAUACUAUUAACUUUUUUUGUAUCUUAAUUUAAAUCUGUGAUUUUUUUUUACUUUUUUGAUUAGAUGCGUCUGAACUCUGAAGAAGUAUAUUAAUAACUUAAUAUUUAUAUUACUAGAUUUUAAGUUCCCUCAAAAUAUAAUAAAAAGUUUUUUCUUUAAUGCAUGAAUCUCAUUUUAUAGAAUUUAGUCAUCUUGUUAUUUUUUUUCUAAACUUUUAAAAAUGCUUAUACUGUUUUACUUAAGAGUUGACUCUACAGUUUGCUAAAUGAUAUUUGUUGUUUGACGGUUGUUAAAAAAUUAGGAUUGUUAAAGAUAUACGUUAUUUGAACUUUGUCGUAUGGAUAGUCUAUUUAUUGUUCUUUCUAUUUCCCAGAGAUGUACAUUUUAUAUUUUGUACCUUUGAGUCAUAUCAAAAUUUUUGUAUUUUAUAAACAGAUGUAAAGCUUUGUAAAGACAUUAAAUGUCUGUUAAUAUUUGCAUGUAAAUAUACAGCUUUGAGGAUAUUUUAUAUUUAAAAAUUGACAAUUUAACUGAAUAUUCAGAAAAAAUAUUAAUCACAUAACCAAUUUAUUUGUCUCAGAACAUGACAGUUUGUUUUAAUUUUUAGCCGAGUUGUGAUAAUAUUCUACUUUGCAUUAGUUGGUAGGGUUUACCUUAAAGAAUGAUACUGAUGUUUUAAAAUAUUUUUUAAGUCAACUUUAACGAAAAAUUAAAGAUACAAAUUUUAAGAUUUUGGGUUUUUAGACAUGCAUGGUGUGUUUGUUUAUUAACUGAACAUAGUUCAAAACCAACAGCAAGUUUGUCAAAAAAUCCACCCUUAAGGUGGUACCUAACACUACAGGGAGAUAACUCUGUAAUAUCAGCUAAACGUUUUAAUUACGUUGCGUUUUGAAGGCAUUAUAAAGCUUCUCAAUGAUCAAAAUAAGUGUUUGUCAAACUACUAUAUAACCAGUGUAAUUUUUCUGACAAAACGCUUGGUUCAAAUUUUUAGGUGCUUAUAUGUUAUAUAAGUUAUGUUUAUACAUAAUUUGAUUUUAAUUACUCAGUAGUCAUUAUUUUAGGAUUUUCCCAGGAUGUGUAUUUUCUUUGCUGUUGAGAUGAAACAGAUUUAUUAUCAUAUGUCAAUCAGUUAGAUAUGAAGUUUAUCACAUGUUCUUAGCAGGAGGUCUAAUUUCAUCAGUUCCAAUACAAA